AUGUUCGCGCGACCGUCGACGCCGAGGCCGAUCAUCGCGCGCGCGCGCGUCGACCGAUCGCGUGCGACGACGACGACAUCAGAUGGACGUGCAUGCAGGUACACAGCGCACGACGCGCGCAAGUUGAAGAUUUUCAGCGCGCACGUCCGCGACCACUUGGAUGGCAAGUUGCCGAGAUUUCGUGAUGUGGCCACACUCGCGCGAUGGGACCAUGAAGAUGCUGGGGAAAGAGACGGCGUUCCGGUGGGAUUGUGGUGGAACGAAUUAAACAACUCAAAGUGUGAAGAGCGACUGAAGCGUUUGAGAAACGUCGAUGCCGACUCGAAGCAUGCGCUCGAGUAUCUCGAGACAUGUGUAUUUCGCGAAGAUGGCCAUGCAUAUAUGUACACAGCGCACGCCGCGCGCAAGUUGAAGAUUUUCAGCGCGCACGUCCGCGACCACUUGGAUGGCAAGUUGCCGAGAGCGAACGAUGUGGCCACACUCGCGCGAUGGGACCAUGAAGAUGAUGGGGAAAGAGAGGUUCAGGUUGGACAGUUUUGGUACAAGUUGAACCACUCAACGGGCCAAGAGCGACUGAAGCGUUUGAGAAAAUUCGAUGAAGACUCGAAGCACGCGCUCGAGUACCUCGAGACGUGUGAACUAAGAAAAUUCAAGGCACGAGGCCGAAACGCUAAAUAA